GCCUCUGAUAUAGCACACAGAGAGAGAUCACUGUGAAGGAGAAGAGAUUUUUCGAAACACGGAAGAGAAGCCUCAAAACCCUAACUCUACGACGUCGUUUGGACUGGAUAGCAUAACCCAUGGAAGGCGAAGACGAAGCUUCGGCACAGAUGAUCGACGAGAUCUACGCCAACGGCGGUGACAGUAGUCAGCGUCACAGACCAAUCAUCAACGGCGAGCAACUCGACAUCGAAGCCUAUGCAGCCCUUUACAGUGGCCGGACCAAGAUUGCUCGCCUACUCUUCAUCGCCAACCGAUGCGGCGUCGUUUCGAUGGAAUUGGAGGCACUUCGAAUGGCCUACGACGAGGUCAAGAAGGGCGAGAACACGCUUCUCUUUCGAGACGUUGUUCCGAAAAUCAAUGGCCGGUUGGGUUCGAAUUACGGACCCGACUCGGCUUGGACCGAGGCGGUGGAUCGCAGGGCUGAGCAGAGGAAGGAGAAGCUCGAAAGUGAACUCAAUGCUUAUCGGACAAAUUUGAUAAAAGAAAGCAUUAGAAUGGGCUACAAUGAUUUUGGAGAUUUUUACUAUGCACAUGGUGCACUUGGAGAUGCAUUUAAGAAUUACGUUCGUACUCGUGACUACUGUACAACAUCAAAGCACAUAAUUCAUAUGUGUUUGCAUGCUAUUUUGGUCAGCAUUGAGAUGGGUCAGUUCACACAUGUUUCAAGCUAUGUUGGGAAAGCAGAGCAAAAUCCAGAUGCCUUGGAUGCUAUUACAGUUGCAAAACUACGUGCCGCUGCUGGACUGGCCUUAUUGGAGGCUAAAAAGUACAAACAAGCUGCUCGAAAGUUCUUGGAGACAGGUCCUGAAUUGGGAAACCACUACACGGAAGUGAUUGCACCCCAGGACAUUGCAACAUACGGUGGACUUUGUGCACUCGCAAGUUUUGACAGGACAGAGCUGAAGAACAAAGUUAUAGACAAUAUCAACUUCCGGAAUUUCUUAGAGUUAGUACCUGAAGUAAGGGAGCUUAUUAAUGAUUUUUAUUCAAGCCAUUACGCCUCAUGUUUGGAUUACCUCGGAAAUCUUAAAGCAAACCUGCUGCUUGAUAUCCAUUUGCACGACCAUGUUGAGAUGCUGUAUGAUGACAUCCGUCACAAAGCCCUUAUCCAGUAUACUCACCCAUUUGUGUCUGUUGAUCUUGGGAUGAUGGCUAACGCUUUCAAAACAAGUGUUUCAGGGCUCGAGAAAGAGCUUGAAGCUCUAAUUACUGACAACCAAAUACAGGCUCGUAUCGACUCCCAUAACAAAAUUCUCUAUGCACGACAUGCGGAUCAGAGGAAUGCCACAUUUCAGCGGGUCCUACAGACUGGCAGUGAAUUUGAUCGGGACGUCAGGGCCAUGCUGCUGAGAGCAAACCUUCUCAAGCAUGAUUAUAUCCUAAAGUCAGCAAGGAAACAUUGAAUUUAGGAUUGAGGAAAACAAAAACCACUAAGUUUUUCUUGUUUAUGGUGGGCUUGUAGAAUUAGUGUUCAAUUUAAGCGACAUUGAAAUUUUCUAGGAAAAAGAAGAAAUUGACUCAACAUGGUGGGUGGUCUUAGGUUUUUGGGUUUACUGGAUAUCUGUUGGCACAAUCAUAAGCAAUAUUUUGAAGGGGGAAAAAAAGAGUAGUAGUUGAUAUGCUCUUAUUGAUCACAGAAGUUGCAGCCCCGCGGUGUAUAUUUAAUUUCAUUUCUUGAUCUUAAUUCUCUUGUUUAGUGUUAUUUUAUUGAACAGAGAACAACAUGAUAUCAAACUCAUAGAAUAUGCAAAUCAAAUUUAGAGACCUCAUUGCUCUUGA